AUGGAACCAGCACAAUAUAUAGAGAUUGUAGUAUUUCAGUGUCAAAAUUGUCGAUGCAUACCGGAUUAUUGUGCACAAACGGUACCUCGAUCAUUAUGCCCCUGUGAUGGAACGCAAACACCCUGCAGUCGUACAACCGCUGAAACGCAAGCUAUCAUCACUGGUGAAACAAAUGUCCAUCAUCAACAACAAUUUGUGAUACCGCAAACAUCGGCUAUGAAAUACUUCCUCAUUCAACAGCCAAUUCAAUCAGUACCGGUACAAAUACCUGGUCAGGUUGUAUUAGAGAGUCAACAGCAGCAGCAGCAGCAGCAACAGCAGCAGGUCAUACAAACGUUAGCUUCGUUGCAACAACAGAUUUUAGCUCAACAAAUAAGAAUAGGUGGAAUACAGCAACCGGAUAUACCGCCUGUUUAUAUUGUCCGAACAAUCGAGCAACCGGGUCAGGUGUUACGACAAGUACAGCAAAUUUCAGAACCAGUAAUAUCAUCACAAUAUCUGCCUGCGAUACCAAUGCAGCAACCACAAGUGGUGCUUGUACCUUCGGUGCAACACGUGAUACCGCAAACGCAAUCGUUUAUUCUGCCCAUCCAAAUUCCAAAGAUAGUUACUUUGCAAGUUCCAGUAACAAUGGUAGAACAUUGUACUCCUCGAAUAAAUGUUUGUCCACUUGGAUUACCAUCUAUUCAUGCUGUCACAGAAUGUGACAAUAUCACCAAUACUGCAGCCACACGUUGUAUCACGGCCGAAGAAGCACGAAAAUUAUACAUUUGCCUUCCACAUUUUAAUUUCAAUAAAUUGUGGGAUAUUUAA